CUCCCCCGGCCCACCGAGGCGGCGCUGUCCCUGACGGAGCGGCGGGAGCGAGGGUUCAGAAAUGGGCAGUGAGAAGGACCAGAAUCCGGAACAGCACCUGCCUGAGGAAGGGGAAUGGGGUAAGCCGUGGAGAGUGGAUGACUCAGAGGGUUUUCGGAUCCCAGAUGGGGAGAAAGAGCACGGGCAGGAGAGCCCAUUGGAGGGUCCGCAAGAGAUUCAUCCCAAAAAGCCAUGGCAGAAAGUCACUGUCCCCACGGGAGAGCCCGGGGACCCCACGGCUCACCCGAGGCCCGAGACCGACGAGAAGCCCUUCAUAUGUGCCCAGUGUGGGAAAACCUUCAAUAAUACCUCCAACCUGAGAACACACCAGCGCAUCCACACGGGCGAGAAGCCUUACAAGUGUUCCGAAUGUGGCAAGAGCUUCUCGAGGAGCUCCAAUCGCAUCCGGCACGAGCGGAUCCACCUAGAAGAGAAGCACUACAAAUGUCCCAAGUGUCAGGAGAGCUUCCGGCGGCGCUCGGACCUCACCACGCACCAGCAAGACCACCUGGGCAAGCGGCCGUACCGCUGUGACAUCUGUGGCAAGAGCUUCAGCCAGAGCGCCACGCUGGCGGUGCACCAUCGGACCCACUUGGAGCCAGCGCCCUACAUCUGCUGUGAGUGCGGGAAGAGCUUCAGCAACAGCUCCAGCUUUGGCGUGCACCACCGCACGCACACAGGCGAGAGGCCCUAUGAGUGCGCCGAGUGUGGGCGGACCUUCAGCGACAUCUCCAACUUUGGAGCACACCAGAGGACCCACAGAGGGGAGAAGCCCUACUGGUGCACUCUGUGCGGGAAACACUUCUCCCGGAGCUCAAACCUCAUCCGCCACCAGAAAACACACAUGGGAGAGCAGGCUGGGAAAGACUCCAGCUGAAGGACGAUGAGGGAGAGAGGCGGAGAGACCCCAGCCUCAUGUAGGAAGAUCUCUAGGAUCUGCUGCUGCCCCCUUGACCUCAAGCCCUUCAUCCCACUUUGGAGAAUGAUUUCCUGUUGCCUCUGAAGCCAGGAUCUCUGGAAAGUUCUGAGAAGGGACUCUUGAGUAAGAAUCCUUGCCGCUUUCCGGGCCAAUUUCUUGCCUUGGAAAGUUUGGAGGAUCCGGUCUUGGCUUCAUCUCCUUGGGAGGAAAGAGAAGUAGGGUAGGCUUAGCACAUGCCCGUAUCAUUAGGGCAACCAUCCCCUGGCCUUUGAGGAAGUACCUGUGAGGUGGGCAAUCACUGUCUGAAGGUCCUCCAAAUCGUAGAUGAACUGCUUAGGGCGUAUUGUGGUGGCUCUCAGUUCCCAUCUGCUGUGCCCCACCUGCGCUGGGAGGAGCUGCCUUCCCAAUGGAAGGGGCCUCCUCAGCCUGGAGAAGAGGUCUGGUCCUGCCUUAGGAACGAAAGGGAAGCCCUCAGGGAGCCACGAUCCAGGGACCUUCACAGUCCCCCACGUUUGUGACUUGUUCCCCCACCCUAACCUGCAUCUGUGAUUCGCAGUAAAACCCUUCAAUGAAAA